GACAACAACCCGCCGUUCUUCACCCCUUCUCGCUCUCCCUCGACAACCCACCUCCAGACACGACACCGUAGACCGUCUCCACCGCUUGCCGUCUGCACGUCUCUUCCCGAUCCGCGCUCGACCUGAGCUCCACUUGUCAUCCACCAUGAGCGCAUCGCCCGCAGGUCCUCCGGGCACCACGCCCAACGGAGCGCCCGCCGGCACCACCCCGAAUGGCGGAGUCCCUGCCGCCCGUCCCCGACCCAAAGCAAAGGCGAACCCUCUGGUCCAACCCAAGCGACCCAACCGCGGCGCCGCGAGGCCCGGUGCUGCGCGCCCCAAGCCACCAUCUGCGCAGCGCACCACUCCGAUCCCCAAUGGCGCGCAGCAGCAGGCCCCGCAGUCCCAAGGAGGCAUUAUUCCUGUCCAGAAGCUUGAACCUCCGCCCGGCGCAAAGGUCGAGACUUUCCCUGUCUUUACCACCAAGCGCGCUUUUCUCGAAGGCCUCCGUCACCACGUCAUGCGCUUCCAGUCCAAGACGCUCAUCGACCCCACCGAUGAAUCCUCCUUUACCAGGCCGAUCCGCUUGCACAGACGUGAUGCUGGCGCGGGCAAAUCGGGCGCCGGCGCUGAUAACGGCGAGGACGAAAACGACGAGGAAGCUCAGGAGAGGGCGAGAGUCGAAGCUUUGAAGGAGGAGAGAAAGCGCAACCGCGCCGAGGUCCAAGCGCAGAUUGCGCCCAAGGCCAAGGGCAAGAUGGGCUUUACCGACAACAAGAAGAAAAUCCAGCAGGUGUACGAGCGCAACGAUACACCGGAGGCCAUCAAGGCGUCGCGCCUGCGCUACGAAGAGACGCUGCCUUGGCAUCUGGAGGAUUUUGACAACAAGAACACCUGGGUUGGCGGUUACGAGUCCGCUCUGUCUGGCAACCACAUCAUCCUCUACAACGAGCCAUGGACGGAUGCGCUCGGUAACUACCGCUCCAAGUUCCGCAUGGUGCCAGUCGAGAAGUGGUACAAGUUCUCUGCCAAGGACAAGGGCAUGAUCUUCUCUCCCGAUAUGGUUGAGAGGCACGAGAAGAAGAAGGGCAACAUCCCCCGGUGGUUCAACAAGGAGGAAGAGAAGAGCGACGUGAAGCUCGACAUGAAGGUGCCUUCAUGGCUCAAGGCGAAGGACGAGGAGACUAUGAAGAAGAAGCAGAUGCAACAAGUCAAAACUGGCAAGGUCUUUGCUCGGAAGGGAGGAUUUGGAGACGAGGAGGCGCCUAGAGGCAACCCUGGUGAUGAAUACAGGCCUGAGGUGGCGGCUGAUGCAGACGACAUCGACUUCAACGUGGAAGAGGAUUUCGCAGACGACGAGGAAGGUGUCAAUGGUCUGUUCGAAGGCGAUGACGAGGAGACGAAGCGCACGCAGGAGCGGGUUAAGCGGGAGCAGCUCGCCGCCAACGCCUUCGCGCUGAAGGACGAAAAGGACGUGUGGCAGGAAGAAGAAGACGCUAAGCUCGAGGCGGAGUUACGGAGAAAGCUGGAGAAGAGUCUGCGCAAGAAGAUUGUCAAGCGCGAGAAGAACUACAACUACGAUCUUGAUGACAGCGACGAGAACCCGUACUCAUCAGAGUCCGAGUCGGACGAUUCCGAAGUGGAGCGCCAAAAGGAAGAAGAGCGCAAGCGCGAACAGGAACGGACCGCCGCGGAAAAAGACAAAGGCAAAGGCAAAGCGGACGAGAAGCCGUCCUCGGGCACCACAAGCAAAGGCUCGAACACGCCGUCCGGCCGACCCAAGACGAGCGACCCGCUCAAGCUCUCAACCUCUUCGCAGUCGAUCAAACGCCCCGGCUCGCCCAACCUCUCCGACGCCAGCGGCAACGAGUCGACGCGCAAGAAGCAGAAGAUGCAUGCGGGCUCGGGCUCGGAGAGCGAGGCGACGGACCGCGAGCGCAAGCUCAAGAUGCGGCUCAGCGGCGCGGGCUCGGGCUCGGGCACGGGCACACCCGGCGGCAGCCGCGCGGGCAGCCCCGUCCUCGGCGCUAGCAGCGGCGGCGCGUCGCGCGCGGGUAGCCCGACGACCGGAGGUCCAGGCAGCCUGCCCGCUCGUCCUCGGCAAGCACAAGCAAAGCCGGCGGGCCCGAUCCCGACAGUCGAGGAGAUCAAGGCCGUCAUCCCGGCCCAGGGCGCGACCAUGGGUACGCUGAUCGCGGCGUUCAAGGGGCGCGUGUCGCCGGCUGUGCAGCAUGAUUUCAUCAACAACGUCAAGCAUGCGGGCAUCUUUGACAAGAAGACGAAGAUGAUUUUCCCGAGGGCGGGCUGA